GUCCCAGGGGUGUUGUGGGUGAGAGGGGGUCUCUAGGAUCCAGGGGGGACCGAGGAGACCCGGGUCUGGUUUAUAAAGAUCAACUCACACCGGGAGAACCAGGAAAACCAGGACGGCUCGGACCACAAGGACUGAAAGGAGAACAGGGGGCACCAGGUACUUACUGUUUUCCGGGAGCUCCAGGAGAGUCUGGAGAUCCUGGUGAUCAGGGGCCACAAGGGUCCCAGGGCUUCCAAGGGUUUAAAGGUAGUUCUGGAGGCUGUGAUUGUGGUCCCCCCAUUGUGAUGAAGGGCCUCCCUGGACCGGAGGGUGAUCGGGGGUCUCCAGGAUAUUCAGGAACAUCAGGGGCAACAGGGCUGAGAGGAGAGAAAGGUUUACCUGGGGACACAGGAGUACGCGGAGAACAGGGUUUGGGGGGAUUUCCAGGUGUCGUAGGGUUCAAAGGUCAGAAGGGAUAUUUCAUUGUGGUAGAUUUUAAAGGUGAGAAAGGGAACCUGGGCCAGCAGGGCCUUCCAGGCAGACAAGGGUUCUCAGGGAGGAGAGGCCUCGAUGGACUCCCAGGGGCCUCCGGAGACCCCGGCCCCCAGGGGGAAGGUUUCUCCAGUCCUCCUGGAGACAGAGGCCAAACUGGUUACCCGGGAACAAAAGGGUCACCAGGACCUUCAGGGCCCCCGGGGCGAGAUGUAGUCGGAGCAGUAGGACAGCGAGGGCCCCCUGGAGACUCAGGACCACAAGGACUCCCUGGCCCCCCGGGGCCGAAGGGGGUGACACUCUGCCCUGUGUACCCAGAAACCCCGGCGCCCCCGGAGAGAAAGGAGACACUGGAAAUGCAGCUGAAGGCCCCGGUCUACCUGAACAGCUUUGUGUCCAUCGCCCUGCUGCCUCGACACGGUGCCUCCAUCUCUGAGGGCAGCAUGUGCCGGGUGUCGGGGUGGGGGUACACCAGCCCCAGCGGGGGGCAGAUCCCCUCCACGCUGCGCACCGUCAGGCUGCCCAUCGUCUCCUCACUGACCUGCAACAGCAGCCAGUCGUUCAACGGCAGGAUCACGGAGAACAUGCUCUGUGCCGGGUUCAGCAUCGGGGGGAAGGACGCCUGCCAGGGGGACUCCGGGGGUCCUCUGGUCUGCGAGGGCCGGAUCUACGGCCUGGUGUCCUGGGGCUACGGCUGUGCGGACGCUCAGUACCCCGGAGUCUACACGGCCGUGUCCAAGUUCCGCCGCUGGAUAGACAACACCAUCUUCAGCUACUACAGCCGCUGCACCAGCGAGUAG